AUGCUUUCGUUCUUUUUCAUUCUCUGGGGAAUGGUGAGCUUCGUGCUCUACCAGAUCUGUCUGCUUGUUUAUCGUCUCUACUUUCAUCCGCUGGCUCGUUUUCCUGGUCCCAAACUUGCAGCAUCCACUUUCUGGUGGGAAUGCUACCAGGAUUUGUUCGUCGGUGAAGGCGGCCAGUAUAUGAAUCAGGUGGAGGCUAUGCAUGAUAAGUAUGGCCCUAUUGUCCGAGUAACGCCCGACGAGGUGCAUAUUCGGGACCCCGAAUGGGCGCCGAUCCGAGACAAGGACCCUUCACUUGCACAUGCGGCAGGAACGGCAGAUGGGACGUUUGGAACCGUUUCUCAUGAAAUUCACCGCCGACGCCGAACCCCAAUCAGCUCAUACUUCUCCAAAUCCUCGAUUUACCAGUAUUUGUACCCCAAAAUCUGGCAAAAGACCGAGCAUAUGUGUGAGGUUUUGGAGAAACACUAUCGGCAAGGCUCUGUAGUCAGUGGGAGAGCCACUUUCCUCGGCUGGUCAAAUGACAGUCUCAGAAUGUGCUCCUUUGGGGACAGUCUCAAUCUGCUAGACGAUCCCAAGCAUGCCAUGGCUUUUGAUGAAGUGUUCAAGGCAUUUGCAGUUUUGUAUCCAAUCCUGAAGCAAUUCGGGGGGAUUAUUCCAUUGAUUCUGGAAUUGCCCUUUGGAUUCAGGCACAUUUACAAGCCGCUUGACACACUUCUCACUGUCCACACUCAAAUGAUCAACAUGGCCAAAGAGCAUCGUGAGGAGUACCUGGCACUGAAGGGAUCGGAGAAAGACGUGGUGUCCGAAGAAAACGCAAGAGGUCCUCGUCAGCAUACCCUUUUUCAUUCUCUCACUGCGAGCAGCCUGCCUGAAGAUGAAAAACAACCUAAGCGGAUGGCGCAUGACGGCUUCGAAGUUCUGCUGGCUGGUAGUGACACGACCGCUCGCAGUAUGGGCAUUGCAACGUAUCAUAUCAUCGCGAAUCCGGAAAUAAACCAACGUCUUUAUGAGGAGCUUAAAACUGUCAUGCCAAAUCCGAGGGAUAAGGUAGAGCUCAAGGCUCUUGAAACCCUUCCCUUCCUGAAUGCUAUUCUGAAGGAGACACUUCGAAUUGGCAAGGUCACAGAUCAUAGACUUAGCCUUGUCGCACCUAACGAGGCCCUUCAAUAUCAGAACUGGACAAUGCCCGCAGGUACUCGAGUUUCUAUGACUCCAACCAGGAACUCCUAUGAUCCCCAUUUCUUCCCCGAACCCGAGAAGUUUGCCCCAGAACGGUGGCUUCAGUCAGAAGAGACAGUUGCGGCGAUGAAUCGCGUGUUCAUGCCAUUCGCGUAUGGCCGACGAGGGUGUCUGGGGAUGCACUUUGCCCAGGCGGAGCUUCGAACAGCUCUCGCUUGUCUCUUCCGGCGCUUCGAGUUCGAGUUGUUUGAUACAAUUCGCAAGCGCGAUAUUGAUCACACCUGGGCUCAUAUUUCCGAUGGUCAGCAUGCAGUCUUUACCGUCCGCAUUGGGGGACUAUACCGAGCCCCAUUCAUGAAGGGGAAGUCACCUCCCCGAGUGCUAGACGUGGGCUGCGGGACUGGCAUAUGGACUCGCAGGUUUGCAGCUAUGCAUCCAUCAUCCCAAGUGUUGGGCAUCGACCUCAAUCCAGCUGCGGAUAUGUCUAAAAAUGACAAUGAACAGCUGCCUAACUGUACCUUUGCCAAGGCCGACUUUGAACAAGAGUGGACAUUUUCUAGCCAGUUCGAUUACAUCUACAUGAGAAUGCUCAUGGCAGCUGUGAAGGACUGGCCCGCACUGUUCCAAAAAGCGUUUGCAAACUUGCAACCAGGUGGCACGCUAGAAGUAUUCGAAGGCUUGAUGGAAGUGAAUGCCGAGGACGGCAGCACGGCAGCCACCUCAGCUGCCAUUCGCUGGUUUGAACUAGCUCAGGAGUACCUGGCUAUGCACAAUAUUAAGUGGGAUCUCGCGCGCAACCUUCCACAGCAGCUGCGUGACGCCGGAUUUGAACUCCUUGAGGAUUUGCCUAUCAAAAUGCGGUUGUACCCAGAUUACCGGGACCCGGAAGCUGAUCGGGUCUGGGUGGCUGAACAGUAUGUGAAGGAUAUGUAUGGUGUGGUGCAUGGAAUGACCAUUCGCAUGCGAAAUGAUCUCUCUCACAGGCUGUCUCCGGAAGAAUGGGACGAGUUAGAGCGAGAUGCCAAACGAGAACUCACUGAGGAAGCUAAGCAGCGAGGCUUCUUUACCACCCUGUAUGUUCGUGUUGCGCAGAAGCCAAACUAG